AAAAAAAAAAAAUGCACGCGUUUCUUUCCAUCCCUACCCUCGUCUUCCUCUUCUCUCUUUUCAGCCAUGAACACCAUCGAACUUCACAGAGGACCACCGCCGUCUUCGCAGGACACCGUCGCACGCACACCGACCGCCGCAUGCUGCUUUCCUGCCAUCACUGGUCUCCUUUUCCCUCCCAACCCUCUCCGACGACCUACAACCCUCCACCAUCGCUCUAGCCACCGCCGGUCUCCAGCCCCGUCAAACUUGUCGACAACAUCAUCAGGUGAAAGGUCCUGAAUCUUCUUCUGUCGGCUGGGGUGGUGCUAUUGACCCAACUGAAGCUCAUCUUCACAGGGAAAUAGCAACGGCUGGCAAUGGGACAAAGAUCCCUGAUUGAUCUGCCUUUACAAAAUUGCAAUUGCAGCACCUAUGGUGGAGGUAAUUCAUAAACGGAAGAAGAAAACCACCUUUUAUGGAGAUCAAAGAAGGGAGUUGCAGAAGUGUACCCAUUGAAACGCCAAUGCAAAUGCAAUUGUUGAGAUUGAAUGUUUUAUUUGAAAAGACCAAAUGCAAAUUCAAUUGUUGAGAUUAAAUGUUUUAUGUACAAUUUGUGUUUUCUUUCAUUUUGGUUUGUUUUAUUUUCAUUGUUUCCUGUUUAACUUCUUCUGUUUGGGGAUACAAUUGCAUACAGUUGCGGUGACAUAUGGAGCAAUCUUCGUGUUUCUUUUUUGUGCAAGAAAAUGUUGGUUGCUAUUACUGAGAAUCAUUGGUAAAGUUGGUUGCUAUUAUGUGGGUAUUGAUGAUUUACAAAUAGUGGUUGCUAUUUUUAUCAUUAUAUCUUUGUCGUUCUAAAAUUUUUUAUUGAUUCAAUUGUUUAUGGUUUAACAUUUGUUA